CGAGUUGGGUUUUCUAUACCUUGUUUUGAGAACAAGAAACCAAGAAAAGAAGAGAACAUCCCCCGACAAAUAUAACUCCGGUUUUCUUCCUAGAUUUUCUAAGCACUUCAAUUCCUUCUUCGGUGAUUACAGAAGAAAAAGAAGAAGAAGAAGCAAAUAGGCUGUGUUAGAAAAAUGGCAGACAAUCAUGAAUUACCAGAGGCAACUAUCCAGAACAUACUGGACCAAGAGAGCUUGAAAUGGGUUUUUGUUGGUGGCAAAGGAGGUGUGGGUAAAACCACUUGUAGCUCGAUUCUUUCCAUCCUCUUGGCUCGGGUCCGAUCCUCUGUCCUCAUUAUAUCCACGGAUCCUGCUCAUAAUCUCAGCGAUGCUUUUCAACAGCGAUUCACAAAGACUCCCACUUUGGUCAAUGGUUUCAACAAUUUAUAUGCCAUGGAGGUGGAUCCUACUGUGGAAAAUGAAGAUGUGAAUGGGCCUGAAGGAAUGGAUGGUUUAUUUUCUGACUUGGCAAAUGCAAUUCCUGGAAUUGAUGAGGCAAUGAGCUUUGCUGAGAUGCUUAAGUUGGUGCAAUCAAUGGAUUAUUCUUGCAUUGUAUUCGACACUGCCCCAACUGGACAUACACUUCGGCUUUUACAGUUUCCUGCUACAUUAGAGAAGGGACUUGGAAAAAUGAUGUCUUUGAAAAGCAAAUUUGGUGGCUUAUUGAGUCAGAUGACCCGUAUGUUCGGGAUUGAUGAUGAAUUUGGGGAGGAUGCAAUUUUGGGGAGGCUUGAAGGCAUGAAAGAUGUGAUUGAACAAGUUAAUAAGCAGUUCAAAGACCCGGACUUGACGACCUUUGUCUGCGUUUGCAUUCCAGAGUUCCUCUCUCUCUAUGAAACAGAGAGACUGGUGCAGGAACUCACCAAGGUUGAAAUUGAUACACAUAAUAUUAUCAUUAACCAAGUAAUUUUCGAUGAUGAAGUUGUAGUGUCCAAGUUAUUAAAAGCAAGAAUGCGGAUGCAACAAAAGUACAUUGACCAAUUUUACAUGUUAUAUGAUGACUUUAACAUCACUAAGCUGCCACUGCUCCCACAAGAGGUUACUGGGGUUGAAGCUCUGAAAGCGUUUUCCCUUCAUUUUCUUUCACCAUAUCAACCAUCCUGCAAAAGAGGAACAGUUGAAGAACUCGAGCAAAGAACAUCGAUGUUAAAGCAACAGUUAUCAGAAGCUGAAGCAGAACUCGAGAAACUCCGGAAAGGAGGCGACAAGGCAUGAAUGCUGUUAUAUAUAUAACUUUGUACCAAUGUAUGCCCCCUUUUCUGCUUGCUGAUUCACUCAGGCCAAAUAUAAUAUCAUGGUACACCGUUUGACUUGAAUUAAACAGAAUUUAGCAUUCUAUUGUGUUGUUGGAUAAUGUUACAUUAGCAUAAAUUUAUUUUAGAAAAAUGUAAUUCU